GUGGAGGAAGGAAUCAAACCCUCAAGAUGGCGGCGGCGUCUGAGGAGCGGAUGGCUGAGGAAGGAGGCGGCGGCCACGGCGACGGCGGCUCCUCUUCGGCCGCCGGCUCCGCUCAGCGACAGCCCCCGUCGGCCCCGUCGCAGGCCCCGCAGCCGGGGUCCCAGGCACCCGCCGCGCCCGCGCUGGCACCGGACCACCUGCCUCCGAACAACACCCUAGUGGCGCUGCCCAUCGUAGCCAUCGAGAACAUACUCAGCUUUAUGUCCUACGACGAAAUUAGCCAGCUCCGCCUGGUUUGUAAAAGAAUGGACUUGGUCUGUCAGAGAAUGUUGAAUCAGGGGUUUCUGAAAGUGGAGAGGUACCAUAACCUAUGUCAGAAGCAAGUUAAAGCACAACUGCCGAGGAGAGAGUCGGAAAGGAGAAACCACUCUUUAGCCCGCCAUGCAGACAUCCUCGCUGCGGUGGAGACGAGGCUGUCCCUGCUGAAUAUGACCUUCAUGAAGUAUGUGGAUUCCAACCUCUGUUGCUUCAUCCCGGGCAAGGUGAUUGAUGAGAUUUACCGUGUAUUGAGAUAUGUCAAUUCUACCAGAGCCCCUCAGCGAGCUCAUGAAGUACUGCAGGAGUUACGGGAUAUCUCUUCCAUGGCAAUGGAGUACUUUGAUGAGAAGAUUGUUCCAAUUUUGAAGAGGAAAUUGCCAGGAUCAGAUGUGUCUGGAAGACUCAUGGGCUCUCCUCCAGUUCCCGGACCAUCCGCAGCCCUGACAACAAUGCAGCUCUUCUCCAAGCAAAACCCGUCCAGACAAGAGGUUACCAAACUGCAGCAGCAGGUCAGAACCAAUGGUGCUGGCGUGACUGUCCUCAGGCGGGAGAUUUCUGAGCUUCGCACCAAAGUGCAAGAGCAGCAGAAACAGCUUCAAGACCAAGACCAGAAACUGCUAGAGCAAACCCAGAUCAUAGGGGAACAGAACGCACGGCUGGCAGAGCUGGAACGCAAGCUCCGAGAAGUCAUGGAAAGUGCAGUAGGAACAUCCUCGGGGUCUGGGCAGAGUGAUGAGUCUCCUAGGAAACGGAGGAAGGCGACAGAAGCCAUAGACUCUCUUAGGAAAUCCAAACGACUUCGGAAUAGAAAGUAAAGUGGAAUAUGGCCCUCGCUCCAGAGGAAGACGUCUGUGGCUGAGUCUAAGCAGUCACUCCUGUCGGGAUGUUGGAGCAACAUGGCAUCCCUUAGGUUCCAGGCGAUCAGACACAACUUACACUUGGCUCUUGUGGUUGGCAUCCUUUGUGCUUCUCUGGUGGAGCUGAUGCACAAAACCUCUUACCUUGCAAUAGAUUUGUACUAACCGUGCCCAUUCUAUCACGUUUGGGGGCUAACCUUGUUCCUGUGCAGGUGAUGUGUUAAGUUUAUUUGUUUCUGCAUAUAUGCACAUUACAUAAGGAUUUUAAACAAACCCAUUCUUGAAGACUAAAAGUUAAAUUUAAUACAUAAAAUGUCCUGUUCACUUGAAAGAAAAAAAUCUACUUUUUAAAUGGACACUAUCUUAUUUUUUUUUUUUUUAAAGUUGACUUUUUGUUUGUUCUAAGUGACCUUUGUCUGGAAUGUCUGAGACGCGGUUCAUGCUUUGGUAUUGAAGCGAUGGGUGACGGGAAGGACUGAGAGUGUUUUGGCUGUAGAGGGGUUCUACAGUAGCCACUAUUUUUAUAAACUACUGGCAAGGGGUGUUUGCAGGCAUUAGAUACAUGCUUUCAGUUUUCUUUGGGGCCAUGUCCUCCGCUUGCAUGGAUGGAUGCAUGCAUUGCCUAGUCAGCACACUUCACACAGCUCCUGCACUGGGGUUGAUCUUGAACCUCUAGACUUCUCCACAUGUUAGAGCUGUGCCGUCAUUGAUUUAAGCACUCAGCAGUUUUCCUCCCCAGCAGCUUACCUACAGGGGGAGAACUGUCAGUCCAUUUGUCCUCCAGUCUUACAGGCACAAGAGCCUGUUAAAGUCUGUUGAUGUAUCUCUUCUCUGUAGAGUUAAGGUACACUCACUAAGACAGAACCUCAAUCCUAGGCUCUCUCUAUAGACAGCAGACCUCUGAGAACGAGUCACGGUCUAGCUCAUCUCUGAUCGUGGGUCAACCAUGACUUAGUAGGGACCCAACUAAGGGAAAGUUGAUUGAAGAAAAUUGUACCCUGAAAACCGUUUCGUUUCUGGGCCUGACCCGAGGGAAGCUUUUGCAGACCCCUUUCAAGCUCGCCUGUAACGUGAAUGGAAGCUUUAGGCCUCUUUGCACUCCUGUUUUGAGCUUGUAACUGGAAAAGCCUGUCUUGCACUGUUCGGUCUCCUGAGUGGUCACUUUUACAGCCUCCAAAUUGUAUAAAAUGGUUCCUUCUCCCGGUUGUAUAUUUUGGAAGCAUCCAACUAUCACUGUCCUAUUUUUAUUUUAAUUAUGUACUAAAUUAUGUAGUUUUGUUCUUUAAAACAUCUGUUGCUUUGGACUUUGUUUAUUUAUAGUGAUGUAGGCGUAAGAUAGUAAAAACUAUUCCUUUCCAGGUGAAAGUUGACACCUGUGUUAAUCGAAGGUUUUGGUAAAUCCCACAGUGGGAGAAAAGCACAAGGUUGCCACCGUCCAACAUGGCAUGUUAUGCACCCGUUAGGUUACUUUUACCAAGUGACACUCUCCUACCCAUCUUAGUAUUGUUCCUUCAUGAUCCUGCCCUUGGGUUCGGUUCAAGUCUCUGUCUGACUUUGAAAGUCCAUCUACAAUGUAGUGUGUCUUCAGUGAGAAGCCGUAACGUGGUAUCCAAGUGUUUCAUGGUUUGUUGGGAAGGUAAUUUUAAAAUAAACAGUUU